AUGGCGUCCCAAAUGACCGCUGGCUCAGCGACGCGAGCGGGGCCCGCAACGCGCUCCACAGACGCGCACUGCCCCCCUGCCGCGCCCUCAGUCCUCGGACGCCUGAUUCCCCGCCGCAAGCUCGAGCGCCGUAGCGUCCAGGCGUCCGCGCAGCCGCGCAGGCGCUACGCCCCCACCAUCGCCCAGUCCGUGGCUGGCCCCGUCGAGGCGUCGGUCGCAGCCCACGACGCGCUGCACGCGGCCACGGCGCCGCUCGGCGAGCUCGGGUUCCCCAUGAACUUCGACGAGAAGUUCGAGACGCUCCGCCUCAUCGGCCGCGGCUCCUUCGGCGACGUCUGGCUCGUCCGCGAGAUCGCCCACGGGGACCUUUACGCCGUCAAAGCGCUGCCCAAGGCCCGGGAUCGCGUGCCGCGGUCGCGCGUCCUCGACAAGGUCUCGCGCGAGGCCGGGAUCCACGCGGCGGUCACGCAGGACUGCCCGCACAUCAGCGACCUGUACGGGGUGUACGAGGACACGACGCACGUGCUGCUGGUGAUGGAGCACCUGUCAGGGGGGACUCUCGCGCAGUUCGUGCCGCGGGUGGGCAGCCUGCGCCCGCCCGCGCAGCUCACGGAGCGGCAGCUCGCGUUCGCGCUGCACGACGCGCUCGCCGCGCUCGCGCGGUGCCACGCCACGGGGGUGUAUUACGGCGACGUCAAGCCGAGCAACCUGAUGCUCGCGACGGCGCGGCCGGGCGCGGCGGGCGGCCUGCCGAGCGAGGAGCGCGACACGAUGGUCGGCCCGCGCCCGGGCGGGCUCUUCGUGAAGCUGGUGGACUUUGGCUGCUCACAGUGGUGCGCGCCCGACACACCGCUGACGAAGCGGACCGGGACGCCCGUGUACAUCGCGCCGGAGGUGUUCAUGCGGAAGUACGACCUCCCCGCGGACAUCUGGUCGCUGGGCAUGGUGGCGUACCACCUCGCGAGCGGCGCGCUGCCGUUCUGGGAGGACCUGACUGGACUGACGUCAAGCUCGGUGGUGUCGGGCAUCAUGGGCGGCACGGUCGACUUCGACGAGCCCGGCUGGGCCGGCGUGUCGAGCGAGUGCAAGGACUUCAUCGCGACGCUGCUGCGGCGGGAGGCGGGCGACCGUCCGACGGCGGCGCAGGCGCUGGCCCACCCGUGGCUGCGCGAGAUGACGCAGGUGGACGACGACGUCGUCGCGCUGGACCUCGACCUGCCGCUCGAGAUGGCGCUCUUCUGA